CAGAAAACCCUGAAGAGAGAUGGAUACAUAUCCCAAGUUUGCGCGUGAAUCAAACCGCAUCGUGACCGUCCGUUUCCUUCCGAAUCCGAUGGCGUUAGAUUCACGCACAAACUCGCGAUCUGUGUCAUUAACCACACCUUAUCAUUCUCCUUUCCCUCCUUUUGGCGCCAAACUCUCGUCAAUAUUUUUAUAUUUUCCCUCUCUUUACGACUCUUAUUAAGUUAUAUUUUCAUUUUUUUUAAAAGAAAAAAAAAAAAGAGAGAGGAAGUAAUCGGAUCGGAUGGCUGAGGAUUUGGGAGAUGGAUCAACGGCUGAGAUGGACGAAUACGAGACCUUGAUGUCGACGACCGACGUGGAGCUUCUCAAAACGGCGUGGCGUAACGAGAAAGCGGCUCCGGAGAUUCUUCAAUUUCAGGCUCUGUUGGUUAAGAGAGCUAGAGAACAGAUUCAAUUAGUGGAAGAAACAGUGGAGGAAUUUGAAGGAAGUGGAAUGGAUCCACUUACUGUGUCACUUUACCAGAUGGAUUUAGACAGGGCUCAGUUUUUAUUGAGAUCCUAUCUGCGAGUUCGGCUUCAGAAGAUUGAGAAAUAUAUGUUCUACAUCUGGAAGAAUGAUAAUUUACGGAACCGGCUCUCUGAACCAGAGAAAAUUUUUGUUAAAAGGUGUAUUAAUGAUAUGGAAAAACAUCUUGAAGAGACUGUUCUGUCAAAGUUGCCUGAUAAUUAUCAGUCUGCUAGAAGGCAAUCCAUAAUCAGUGAAGAGGAUGACAUGGUGCCGGAGCCACAAUUGGACACAUUUGUAGCCUGCAAAAGCAGCAAAAAUUUUGUGUCUAUCCGGCUUGUUGACAGGUACUCUUACCAUUCUUGCAUUCAAUUCAUGAACUUGAAACAAAAAUGUCUGAUUAAAUUUCAUUUCAAUCUGGCAGUGAAAGACCCUUGGAGAUGGAGCGUCAUGAUGUAUCCUUCGUGCUUUACAAGGUAAUAGAGGAUAAGAUCGGUGUGGAGAUUGAUUUAGUUUGAAGAAUACCCCGAGAUCAUGCAUGCUGCA